GGCAUCGACAUCUGUGGAUGAUUGCUUCCGCAUGUGUUGUCGGCGCAGUCAAUACCCGGCAGCAGGGAUACAGUUCAAAUCAUUUGACCAUGCCUUUGGGAUCCUUCUCCUCGUUCUCAAAUAUGUGUUCCUUUUCGUUCAUGCCGCGAUCAAGCUUCCGUCCUGUUGUCCGUCUACGUCAGAUUCUGGGUGGGCACAGUUCAAAGUACUGUUCCCUUGUAUAGUCCAAACCCAGCGAAAGAUGAUCAACGGUUGUCUGCCGUGGAGUUGGGCUUCAUUGCCAAUACCUGGAAGCUGUCGAUAUGGCGACUCCAUCAUGCGGCAUCUACGUGCCAAGGAACGUCCGAUAGCUUCGAUAACGCAGGUAGUGAGGAGUGCAGUCUGCUAUCGUAUCUUUGCGUUCGCAAAGACAGAAUAGUAUAUGCUGCAUGGUGCUUAGCAUUUGUAAACGCGCAGAAAUACGAAACACUACACGCCAGCUCUGCUGUUGGCCAUGGUAAUGUAUCCCGCGGAAAACUAAAUUGUUGGCCUUGUAGCUGCACAUGUGGUCAUUGACCGGGCAGCAGCGACUUUGAAGCUGCGUGUGUCCUUGAUUGGAUUUACGGACGGUCGACUGGAGCGAGGUCAGAGUGUUC